UUCUUGAGGGUUUUUAUGCAAAGAGUUGCAUACCGGGUGUCCGGGUCUACUGCGUUCGCUGCUCGAACUGACCACAACGAUGGCGGCGGCGGCGGGCAGCGGGUUCGCCGACGACGUCCCGAUCAUCCACGCGGAGAACCUCGUCAGCAACGUCAAAUCCAUAAACUACAGCCGGACAUUCUUGUCAAUCAUUAGUGGAGUUGUUGCUGGAAUCUGGGGAUUUACAGGCUUGAUGGGAUUUGUGUUCUACUUUCUUGUGAUGAUGGUUGCAUCUCUGGGGAUUUUGGUGAAGGCCAAAUUUUCUGUUCAUACCUACUUUGACAGUUGGAACAGGAUUAUAAUUGAAGGAGUUCUUGGAGGCCUUAUGUCCUUCGUGUUGUUUUGGACAUUUGCCUAUGACAUUGUCCACAUCUUCUGAUGGAUGAGAUCAAGAGCUCUCGGGAGAACUGAGGAUCCCUCUUUGCAUGAGACAGAACUAUUGUGUAAUUGCAUCAACUCAUGAGACUAUGUUCAGUGGAUCACGAUCCUCUGUCGUUCCCUUUUGCUGUACCAGCCAAACCUUGUAAUUUAGAAAGUUUCCAACUAGACUAUAAACUCUGAUUCGCACUAAGCUGGCUGAUGUAGCUCCUAUCAACAAUUCUGUGCAAGCGUGGUGCUCGUUCUUUUCUGAACCAUGCAACGGAGUACU